GUUGUUGGUAUCGCGUACAACUUGCAGGGGGGCAGUGCUCGCUGACUUGAAGAUUACACACCCUCUACACGGCAAAUGAAUCGGUCAGGAGCUGCGUCGCCACAGCCCGAAUACGCCCAUAAACACGCUGGACCGUUCCAUUAGUCUUCUAGAUUCUGCUCUGAAUAAAUCGCCGGGUUCACACCGUCUCGGAAAAUUCUAGGCAUAAACGACUAAUUCCAAAGGGAUAGGCCUAGCGAGCCUUGAUUUGUAAACAAUGGCAAACCACCAUUCAGCAUUUGUGGUCUUUGAUGACUCGAUUAAGGAGAUCUUCGGUGCCUCUCCAAGCCUAGACCUGUUACAUGAAAACGCAGAGUACCCAUUCGCACAUGAGGCGGGCGUAUUCAUUCCAGAGGACAACUCAUUGUUCAUAACAAGCAACCAGUUUACAGACCCUCAUACCAACAAACCUCGUAUUCAAAUCACCCGCGUCUUGCUCUCUGACGAUGGAACCUCUGUUCAAUGCGAAGAAAUCAACCCAGAGCAAGUGCCCAUGGCCAAUGGGGGUGUGAAUUAUAAGAGCGGUGUUUUAUUCUGCGCCCAGGGAACACAAAAACGUCCAGGAGGCCUCGCAUUCAUGGCAUCUAAGCCGCCGUACACAUCGCAUUUGAUGCUCAGCUCCUUUUAUGGAAGGGAUUUUAAUUCGGUAAACGACGUAGUUAUUCACUCAGACGGUUCAAUCUGGUUCACUGAUCCUAUUUAUGGAUUUGAACAAGGCUUUCGGCCAAAGCCGAGGCUACCGUGCCAAGUCUACCGCUUCGACCCCGUGCGAAACUCGGUUCGUGUUAUAGCUGAUGGAUUCGGAAGGCCGAAUGGCAUCUGCUUUAGCCCAGAUGAAAAAACGGUCUACAUUACAGAUACUGACUGGAUUCACGGAGAUGGGACUACGGAUGACCUUCGAGCUUCGCACAUUUAUGCUUUCGACAUUGUCAAUUACUCUGGCCAGCCAUUCUUGACCAAUAGACGUGUAUUCGCCAUGGCAGACACAGGUAUCCCUGAUGGUAUAAAAUGUGAUGUUCAUGGGAAUGUGUAUAGCGGAUGUGGCGACGGAAUCAACAUUUGGUCAGCCGGCGGUGUGUUGCUGGGAAAGAUUCUUGUAGACGGCGGUGCCGCCAACUUUUGUUUCGGGCGUGAGGGCACAAUGUACAUUUUGAAUGAGCAUCGCUUGUGGCGAGCACAACUAGCAUCUUCUACGAAAGGCGCAUUACUUGGAAUUUAGAAAAUCC